ACAAAACAACAGUGCAAGUGGUGAGUGAGUCACAGGAUAAGAUAAUGUAAAUAAAAUAAGUACUUUAUUUAACAAUCCUAUUCUAGAUACGAGUAGUAAAAUAAGCUCACAUGCAAGACAAUUACGGUCCCUUCUCAACAUCAUUCAUUAUUUAAUAAAAUACUGAUGAAUAUUUUCCAUUUGGGUAUGACUUUCUACUCACUUUUGUCAUUUACUCAUUCAUAUAGAUCCUGCAUUUCCUUUCUUUGGAUGCGCUCUUAUCUUUCACUGCUUACUCUUUUUUGACUGCUAUUUGUUCCACUUGAUCAUUGAAAGGGUUACUUGAGCUGUCUUCUAAAUAAUCAGCUGGGUGAUUAAUUCGAAGAGACUAUUUGGAGUAACCUACUGAUCUUUAUAAAAAUUUGCAUCAAAAUCCUUGAAUUGUAUUAGAUAUGGGAAGAAACUCUAAGACAAUAGUUUGGUUUAGGAGGGAUUUAAGGAUAGAAGACAAUCCUGCUUUAGCUGCUGCAGCCAGGGAUGGUAGUGUAUUGCCUGUGUUCAUUUGGUGUCCAAAGGAAGAAGGCCAAUUCUUCCCUGGCCGAGUUUCGAGGUGGUGGUUGAAGGAAUCCUUGAUCCAUUUAGAUCAGUCAUUCAGGUCACUUGGAGUCGAACUCGUAUUGAUCAAAGCAGAGAGUACUAUUGAUGCUAUUUUGGAAUGCAUAAAUGCCACUGGAGCCACCAAAGUGGUGUUUAAUCGUCUCUAUGAUCCUGUUUCACUUGUUCGGGAUCAUAAUGUCAAACAAAAACUUGGUGAGCUCGACAUUGCUGUCCAUAGCUACAAUGGAGAUUUGUUGUAUGAACCGUGGGAGGUUUAUGAUGAGAAGGGACAUGCUUUUACAACUUUUGCUCCUUUCUGGGAGAAGUGCUUGAGCAUGCAACUCGAUCCCGCUUCACUACCUACCCCUUGGCGCCUUUUUCCAGCAACAGGUUCUAUCAAGAAAUUUUCAAUUGAGGAAUUGGGUCUUGAGGAUGUAUCAGAAAAAUCAAGCAAUGCGUUGCUAGGAAGAGCUUGGUCCCCAGGCUGGAUGAAUGCUAAUAAGGCUCUUACGGAGUUUGUCGAGCAACAUCUGCUCGACUAUUCCAAAAAUAGGGUAAAGGUUGCAGGCAAUUCAACAUCACUAUUAUCCCCUUAUCUUCAUUUCGGGGAAUUGAGCGUGAGAAAAGUUUUUCAUUGUGUGCAAAUGAAGCAGAUGGUAUGGGCAAAUGAAGGGAAUAUGUGUGGUUUGGAAAGUGUAAAUAAGUUCUUGAGGGCGAUUGGAUUUAGAGAAUAUUCUCGAUACCUUUGCUUUAACUUUCCAUUCACCCAUGAAAGAUCCUUACUAAACAAUUUAAAGUACUUCCCUUGGAAUUCGGACCAAGCACUUUUCAAGGCUUGGCGACAAGGGCGAACUGGUUAUCCACUUGUUGACGCAGGAAUGAGAGAGCUUUGGGCAACUGGGUGGACUCACAAUAGAAUGAGAGUAAUAGUUUCAAGUUUUUGUGUGAAGGUUUUGCUGCUUCCUUGGCGAUGGGGAAUGAAAUACUUUUGGGAUACACUUCUAGAUGCAGAUUUGGAAUGUGAUAUACUAGGUUGGCAAUAUAUUUCUGGAAGCUUGCCAGAUGGUCAUGAUCUUCACCGUCUAGAUGACCCAGAGCUUCAAGGUUCUAAAUAUGACCCAGAGGGGGAAUACAUCCGACAGUGGCUACCAGAACUUGCAAGAAUGCCAACCGAGUGGAUUCAUCAUCCCUGGGAUGCACCGAUUUCAGUUCUUAAAGCUGCAGGAGUAGAGCUUGGAUUCAAUUAUCCAAAACCAAUCAUAGAUCUUGAGAUGGCUAGAGAACAUCUGAACGAUGCUAUAUGUUUGAUGCAAGGAAACGCUGGAGCUGAAGAAACAAAUGGGACUAGUGAAGUUGUAGUCGACAACUCUGAAAAUGAGGGGAAAAUGGACACUACACGGCUCGAUAACUCUGAAAAUAGGAAAUCAUCUAUCGCAAACAUUGGCUUGAAUCCAAAACCUAAUUGCAUUUCAGGGUCAUCCCAUGAUCAACAGGUUCCCUCGAUGCAAAAUUUGAACGAUAAUCUUUUGCCAAAUGCGAAGAGGCCUCGAGUUUUUGAAGAAGAUCAAGGUCGUGAAGCUUGUGUACAUGCUUUCAAUGAAAAUAAUGAAGCAUUUAGUGUUCAUGAAGAAGACUUGUGUUCAACAGCCGAUUCUUCAUCAGCUAAGAAACAGGCAACAAGCAGUUUUUCAUUCCGUGUCCCACAUGCUUGUUCUGUAUCAUCAAAAAGCAAGGAUUUUUUAUGUGGCGAAUCUUCUGAUGUAAAUCAAUCCUCGAAAGAACAUAUUGAUGAGGAGUAGAUUCAAACUCAGGAAGGUUUCUGAAUUAAUCUUAAAAUGUUCAAGAGAAACCAUUGGGGUCUAAAGUUUAGAGAACGACUUGCUCUCAGGAUUCGGGAGAUAGAUGAUAUACUCAACUCAAAAGCAGGUUGGUUUUCUGUAUAUUUUACACUUGUUGAGAUUCAAAUUUGCUGAUUUAAAGUAGCCGUAAGAAAAGCAAAA